AAUAACAGAAUUUGAGGUUAUUCUUUGUGUUAUUACCGCACGUUCAAAUGUUCAUGAUUUAAAUAAUAAAAUGUUAAAGGCUGUUUUUAAUGUAAUUGGACUAAGUCCAAUAUCAAAUCAACGAAAAGUAUUUAUAAAUGCUGUCAGAAUAUAUAAACGGGCACUUACAACAGAUGUAAAAAAUUCAGCAGCGCUAAAACAGAAGGACGAAACUGCAGAUGAAUUAAAAGUACAGAAAGUGACAGGUUCUUUAGCAGCUAAUGCAGCCUUAACUCAAAACAUAACUAAUCAUACUAUAGAGUUAGAAACAAAUAAAAUAAAUAUAACUAAAGAAGAAAAUAAAGAAACACAGACCAUAGUACAAAAUUUUAAAAACCCAUUUGGGGAUAAGCACUCGCAAAAACAAACCAGUGAACCCGCAGCCCCAGUUAUAUCGGAUGAGGAACGUGAACGUAGAUUAAAAGUUCUAAAAUUGGAAGUAGAUAUUGCAAAUCAAGAAGGUCGGCGUGUACCAUCUUUAGACUUUUUUGAAGAUAAACAUUGGGAACAUAUUUUAACAUUACCAACCAAAUCAGCACGAUCUCGGUAUUAUGCCUAUUUAUGGCAGAUACAGGUAAAAAGUGAAUCUAAGCAAAGAAAAAAAGAAGAACGAGCGGUAGAAAUACAAAAGCGUAGAGAAGAUAUAUUGCGCCAGAACGAAGAAAAUAAUCAUAUAAUUUAUGGACUAAAUAAUUGUUCAUUUUUCCUGCGUAUAUAUGAUUCCACAAUAAAUCAUUGGAUGAAUAACAGACUUGUAAGUGCUAUGCAAUACUCACCGAAGUUAAUUAUGGAUUGUUCGUACGACCGACACAUGACCAAAAGAGAAGCUAUUAAUGCUUCAAAACAGUUAAUGAUAAGUUUUGCAGAAAAUCGUUUACAUGACGAACCAUUUGAUUUGCACUUUUGUGGUGCCAAUAUAAAUAGUGUUUGUAUGUCAAGUCUGCAUCGUUACAUACCUACAAUGAUGCAUCAGGAUUUUCCAAUGAAUGUUCAUGAAAAAUGUUUUACAGAAAUAUUUCCAAAAGAAAAUUUAGUAUAUUUAACACCACAUUGUCGGAACGACUUAAACGAAUAUAAUCCUGAUGAUAUAUAUAUAAUUGGCGCCAUGGUUGAUACGUCUAACAAUGAGCCACUUUCGUUAGCAAAAGCUAAAAAAUUGGGUUUACGUAUGGCGCGUUUACCACUCGAACAUUAUUUACAGUGGGGAGCCGGUUCAGGGAAAUCAUUAACUCUCAAUCAAAUGGUUAGUAUUAUGUUGGAUAUUAAAAAAACUGGCGAUUGGAUGAAAGCGUUCUCACAUGUACCAAGGCGUAAAGUUGUCAAUAUUGAAAUGGAACAAACACAGAACAGAAAAUUUUUAAAUAAGCGUGCAAAUCAAUUCAAUAUACGGACCAGAGGUAUAUUGGAUGAAGACGAUUUUGACAAUAAUAACAGUAACCGUACUUACAAUAAAGUACGUGUAUUUAAAGAUGAUAAUCUGGAAUUUAAUUUAAAUACAUGGGCUUCAAAGAAGAGAAACAAAAAUAGUUAGAACUAUAAUGUGUAACAAAUUUAUUAAGCAAUUAAAAGUUAAACAAUGAGACGAAAAAAUUUGAGAUUUUAAUUAAUUACUGCAGUUCAAUUUUGUAUAUUGUAAAGCUGUUUGAAUUUCGAUACAUAAUAUCUGAUGAUGACAACGUUUCAUAUUUCACUUUAGUUCUAUGGUUUUGUAACGCAAUGGCUUU